CCAUACAGUACUUCCCAUGACCUACCUACCUUGCCCUGCCUCCCUCGGUACCUAGUACACUGUCAGAGCCAUGCGUCUUUCUCAUUCUCAUACAUACCUAGGUACUCACCACCAUCUACUCGCAUCAAAACUCAUCCCACAUAUAAAAAACCAUCCAAUCAAUAUCCAACCGGUACUAAGCAAGCAAGCGGAUAGAGCAAGCUUCCCCGCAUCCUCAAAAUCCUUCCCUUCAAUUAAAUUCAAAUUCAAAUUCAAACUCAAUUAAACUUCCUCGCAAACCAGUUCCACCCCAGAUUAUUAUUGAUUAUUGAUUGCGCAAGAACAGACGCACGCAGACCAUCGGUUCGGCCUGAAAAAUAAACAUACCCUGUUUGCGAGCUCAUCCGAGCCAUCGAAACGCUAAAUCAUAUUAACGCAAGGGAAGCGAGCGAGGCGACCGAGACGGGCAAGGUUACGAACUAGGUGGCAGAAGUCUGUACGUUUAGGCUCUGUCGCUCAAGUGAGGAACACCGCUUUUUCACGAAUAUACCUUACUUUUAAAGCCCUACAACUCUGUGAGCAAGCUUAACAAUCAGCUAAAAAUAAUAGCCUGAACGCACGGACUUAUGCCACCUACCUAGUUCGUUGGGUUGAGUGUUGAACUUGAACUUGAACUUGAACUUGACCUGGUUUGGGAUAUCGCUCCCGUGCUGUGGCUGAACCUUACUGCGGAGAGAUGGGGUGGGGUCACCAGGGCGUGCGUGCGUACCGCGCCUAGGUUCUUCAGUAUCAUACCUCGGUAUGUUUUGUUUGCGAGGAGGAGGGGGAGGGUGGAGGGUGGAGUUGAAAGGUUGCGGGAGCUGGGAGCUGGGAGUGCUGUUGUCGUCAUCAAUCAUUGCUGGGGGAUUUGCGUUCGCGUCGCAUCGCGGGUUACAUUUAGACUUGACUGAUGGACUGAUGGCUGGCCGGGGGGGAUGGGAUGGUGAGGGUUAGUUAGUUAGGUAGGUAUAAAGUGAGGGGUUUGCGCCGUUCCUUUUGAUGGGAAGAGAAGUUCGGAUGGGAGAAAAAAGAAAGUUGAUGUCAAGUGAGCUUAAGUUAAGUUGAAGCUUAUUGUCGCUACGCUACGAUGGGACGACUUUUGAGGUAUAUGAGCUUGGCAUUGAGUGCUGCUGCUGCUACGGUUGCUGCUCAAGAGAAAGAGGGUAGUAGUUGGACGGUUGGACAGGUUGUUGAUACGAGUAGUGGUUCGGUGACGGGACAUGCUGCAUCUGUCAAUAAGGAGGUUUCUGAGUAUUUGGGGAUUCCGUUUGCGAUUCCGCCGGUGGGGGAUCUGAGAUGGACGGGUCCGAAGGCGUAUGUUGGGACGGGUGCUAUUAAUGGGACUGAUUUUGGCUUCUCCUGUCCAGCCGGCUCCCAGGUCUCCCCCAACUCGGCCGCCAUCCAAGCUGCGAACGUCACCAGUGCCGGUCUCCAAAUCCUGGCAUCCCUAGGUCAAAUCGGCGACAGGUUCAGCGAAGACUGCCUCACCCUGAACAUCUGGACUAAACCUCAAACCGGCGAAUCUAAGAAAGCUGUUCUCGUCUGGAUCUACGGCGGCGGCUUCACAACUGGAAACAGCGACAACGACGCUUACAAUGGACAGUACAUAGCAGAAGCCGAAGACGUAGUUCUCGUCUCGUUUAACUACCGCUUGAACGUGUUCGGGUUCCCUGGUACUCCAAACGCGACUCAGAAUCUGGGAUUGCUGGAUCAGAGAUUAGCGCUUGAGUGGGUUCGAGAUAAUAUUGAGAAAUUUGGGGGUGAUGCUAGCAGGAUCACGAUUUUUGGACAGAGUGCUGGGAGUGCGUCUGUUGAUUACCACACGUUUGCUUGGGCGGAUGAUCCUAUUGCGCAUAGUUUCAUCCAACAGAGCGGUUCGGUACUAGGACCUCGAGGAGGUCUUGGGGGAAUCACGGCCGAUACAGCUGCUGCAUAUUGGUAUGCUGCUGCGAAAGUCUUGGAUUGUGGUGAUAGGUCUUCGGAUCAAGAUGAGUUGCUUUCGUGCAUGAAAAGCAAGUCAUACCAAGAUGUCAUCAAAGCUAUUGCUCAAGGCGCCAGUUCAGGCGCCAUCUCUUCCAGUUUCGGUCCAACAGUCGACGACAAGAUCGUCUUCUCAAACUACACGCAACUCGCUCUCGCCGGCAAAUUCUCCAAACAACCACUCCUCCUCGGAAGCGCAGACAACGAAGCCGGCCUAUUCAGAGUCCUAGACAGUUUCAAAAACCAGACGAACUCGGACGAGUACUACAGAACCUUCAACGACCUCGGAUUCACCUGUCCCGGCGCCCAGCGCGCAGCCUUCUCCAUCGCGCAGGGCGUCCCAACCUGGCGAUAUAGAUGGUUCGGCGCCUUCCCCAACACGGAACUCACCAGCGUGCCCUAUUCCGGGGCCUGGCACGCCAGCGAACUUGCAGUGCUGUUCAACAAUACGCCAUCAGGGGGAGUGGUUCCCAAUAACACGGAAGCGGAGAUCAAGAUCGGGGCGUAUAUGCGGGGGGCUUGGGCGGCGUUUGCGAAGGAUCCGGUUGGUGGGUUGGGGUCUUAUGAGGAGGGGUGGCCGAGGUAUGUUCCUGGAAGGGAGACGCUGGUUAGGUUGGGGUAUCAGAAUUUGACGGGGGCGAAUCUGGCGGUUGGGACGAUGUAUGAUGGGGGGUGUAAGACGAGUUUUGUGGGUGGUAAUGGUACGGGUGGGAGUUCUAGUGGGUCGGGGUCACCUACGACUUCUGGCUCUCCAGGUUCGAGUCCUACGACUGUUGUUACGAGUGAUGCGAGGACUCUGCAGGCGUUAAUGUCGAGCACGCUUGGGUUGAGUAUGAUGCUGGCUGUUGGUUCAAUGUUCUUGUGAGAUUGGGUGCGGAACUUGUACCUUGUAGGUAGAGGCAGUCUCUAUGGAGACGUAAUUCAGAAUUAUGGAACAAUAUGAGUUGGAACCUGCCAUCUG